AUGAAAUUUCAACCCAAUUUAGAUGUUCUCAAGACGUUGAAAGAUAAAGAUGGUGGAAAUUUCUCCACGUUCUCGAUGAUAGCAUCUGAUGGAAUAGAUGGAGUAUUAAACUUGUAUAGAUGUUCCCAAAUAGGAUUCCCGUAUGAAUCUGAAAUCAUUGGUGCAGCACAGAGUUUUUCUAGCAGAGGACUUGCACAAAUCCUUUCAAAUGAAAAUUUGUUUCACUUACUGGAUAGUAGACAAAGAGAAGAGAUUAAGUUUGCUCUAGCAUUUCCUCGGCGAUGUCUUUUAUCACGGAUGGAGGCUAGAAGUAUAGUUAGGCGACUGUGGCCUAGUAGUGGACUCAGAAGGAAAUGCCUGGAACUUGCAUGCGUAGACUUGGAGGCUCUCCAAAAAGAUUAUCAGAAUGAAAUGUAUGCCUUGGAGAGGUGGUUGGAUGAACAACGGUUUGAAGAAUCAGCAUUUCCUAGAAAACGCUUACCCAAGUUAUUUAUUGGUGCUGCUAUGUCAAUGUUUGAGCCGCAAUUUUCAUCUUAUCGUACCACAUUUACUAAGAUAAGUUGCCUUAUUGCGACAAUGGAUGACUUGUUUGAUCUUCCAACUUCCAACUAUGAAGGGUUGUGCCAUCUUCGAGACGCAUUCCAAAGGUGGGAUGCAUCUCCAGUUGAGAAUCUGCCUCAACACAAGGCAAUUUUUAAGAGCUUCCAGCAGAACCUAACUGAGAUUGCUGCGACUGCAAGAACCAUUCAAGGUCGUAAUGUUCUCCCCUACAUAAAAGAAGCGUGGCAGGAUGUACUGGACGUAUUCCUCAUAGAAGCUGAAUGGAGGAUCUCAAGGCACAUUCCUUCCUUUGAGGAAUAUCUCCCCGUCGCAGUGACCAGCUCGACUGCAAUCGCCUCCCUGUCAACAUUUAUUCUCAUCCUAGGGAUGCCAAUCACCGACGAAACCCUGAGAUUCAUCGGUAAGGAUUCACGCCUGUUGUACCUAGCGAGCUUAGCCUCGCGGCUCACAAACGACGUAGUCACAAGUGCGUCGGAGGAGGCAGAGGGGAAGUUGUUCAAUGCAGCCAGAUGUCACCUGAAAGAUGAUGGAAAUUGCACGAGAGAGGACGCAGUUGUGACUGUCAAGGAGAUGAUCGACGCUUCAUUCCGCGAGCUGGAGCACGAGAUGUUUAGAUGCAGGGGGAACGUGCCAGAAGAGUGCAUCCGGGCGGUGCUAGGCUGGGUGCAAGCAAUGUGCAUUUCAUAUAGGAAGCUUGAUGGAUACAAGAGCAUGAAGGACACUGAGUAUGAAGAGCUUGUGAAGGAUUAUAUUGGUUCUUGAAGGUCACUAAUUUGAGAGAGUCUUAAGUCUCAAGCUAUUAGUAAACUUGCUAUGCAUAGCGCAAGUAUGGAAUUACAGAACUAGAACUUCUAUGAUUUGCGUGAAAACAACUCCCCUCCUAGCUUACCAGAUUUGAGGU